ACAUUACUUCAUCUCUCUAUGAAAAAGUCCUCCCACUGAGGCGCACACACAGACACACUCUCUCACUCUUUUUAGGGUUUUCUGUUCUUGUUCUUCACUCUUAUUUUUAGAACUUGCAAAUGGAUCCAGUUGAAAACGACGGUAAUGGAGUAGCUGAGGAGGCUUUACCUCCACCACCACCUGUUACAGAAGAUGUUGUCCCCGAAAAAGCUCCGGAGCCAGCUAAGAAGAAGGUCAUGCGUGUGCCGAUGGCUAGGCGCGAUUUAGCUAAGAAGGGACAGAAAGCUCAGCUGUUGACUAAUCACUUUAAAGUCAAUGUGUCUAAUGUUGAUGGCCACUUUUUUCAUUAUAGUGUUGCGCUUUUUUAUGAAGAUGGCCGUCCUGUUGAAGGAAAAGGUGUUGGAAGGAAGGUGCUCGAUCGGGUUCAUGAAACGUAUGAUAGUGAGUUAGCUGGGAAAGAGUUUGCUUAUGAUGGAGAGAAGAGUUUGUUUACUGUUGGUGCACUGCCAAGAAACAAGCUAGAGUUUACCGUCAUAUUGGAAGAUGUUACAUCCAGCAGGAACAACAAUGGAAAAGCAAGUCCUGAUCAUGAGGACAGCGACAGGAAGAGAAUGCGGCGCCAGUACCAGUCGAAAACGUUCAAAGUGGAGUUAAGUUUUGCUGCGAAAAUUCCAAUGCAGGCAAUUGCCCAAGCUCUCCGUGGUCAGGAGUCAGAGAACUCACAAGAAGCUUUAAGGGUUCUUGACAUCAUCCUCAGGCAACAUGCAGCAAAGCAGGGAUGUCUGCUCGUUCGCCAGUCUUUCUUUCACAAUGACCCGAAGAUGUUUUCUGAUGUUGGUGGCGGUGUUCUUGGCUGUAGAGGAUUUCAUUCGAGUUUCCGUACAUCGCAAGGAGGCCUUUCUCUAAAUAUUGAUGUAUCUACAACCAUGAUCAUUCAGCCUGGGCCAGUGGUUGAUUUUCUAAUUAACAACCAAAAUGUGAAAGAUCCUUAUUCAAUUGACUGGGCAAAGGCUAAGCGGACCCUCAAGAACCUUAGGAUUAAAGCUAGUCCAACUAAUACUGAAUAUAAAAUUACUGGUCUGAGUGAGAAACCCUGCAAUCAACAACUGUUCUCAUUGAAACAGAAGACCAAAGAUGCGAAUGGGGAACCAGAAAUGCUGGAAGUCACUGUUUAUGACUACUUUGUAUCCCAUCGAAACAUGCCUUUGCAAUACUCUGGUGAUCUUCCAUGCAUCAAUGUUGGCAGACCGAAAAGGCCAACCUAUAUUCCCCUUGAGCUCUGUUCAUUAGUCUCGUUACAACGAUACACCAAGGCGCUCUCUACCCUGCAGCGAUCCUCGCUGGUUGAGAAGUCAAGACAAAAGCCGCAAGAGCGGAUGCGGGUUUUGACCGAUGCGUUGUCCCGCAACAACUAUGAUGCUGAGCCCUUGUUGAAGUCUUGUGGGAUAUCGAUCAGUAGCAACUUUACACAGGUCGAAGGCCGUGUUUUGCAGGCUCCCAGGUUAAAAGCUGGCAAUGGAGAAGAAUUCUUUGCUAGAAAUGGAAGGUGGAAUUUCAACAAUAAGAAACUUGUGGAGCCAACUAAGAUUGAAAAGUGGGCCGUCGCUAACUUCUCAGCUCGAUGCGACAUCCGCAAUCUUGUGAGGGAUCUGAUUAAAUGUGGUGGACUGAAAGGAAUUAAAAUUGAUGAGCCUUUCGAUGUAUUUGAGGAAAGUCCCCAGAACAGGAGGGCUCCACCUGUGACUAGAGUCGAGAAAAUGUUUGAUUUCAUUCAGUCAAAACUUCCUGGUGCCCCACAGUUUCUUCUGUGCUUACUGCCUGAGAGGAAAAACUCCGAUCUUUAUGGUCCAUGGAAAAAAAAGUGUCUUGCGGAUUUUGGGAUUGUGACACAGUGUAUUGCACCUAUGAGGGUCAAUGACCAGUACUUGACUAAUGUUCUACUGAAAAUCAAUGCUAAGCUUGGAGGGUUGAAUUCUAUCUUGGCAAUUGAGCAUUCUUCAUCGAUUCCAAUUGUAUCCAAAUGUCCAACUAUUAUUCUUGGGAUGGAUGUUUCACAUGGUUCUCCAGGACAAUCUGAUAUCCCAUCUAUUGCUGCGGUCGUCAGUUCAAGAAACUUUCCUUUCAUGUCUCGCUACAGAGCCUCAGUGAGAACUCAGUCCCCUAAAGUGGAAAUGGUUGAUUCCCUGUUUAAGAAGGUUUCAGACACCGAGGAUGAGGGCAUAAUGAGGGAGCUGCUUCUUGAUUUCUAUGUCAGCUCAGCAAAAAGAAAGCCUGAUCAGAUUAUCAUUUUCAGGGAUGGUGUCAGCGAGUCCCAAUUCAAUCAAGUUCUAAACAUUGAGCUAGACCAGAUCAUCGAGGCUUGCAAAUUUCUGGAUGACAAGUGGUGCCCAAAGUUUUUGGUUAUCGUUGCACAGAAGAACCACCACACCAAGUUUUUCCUGCCAGGAUCUCCCGACAAUGUUCAACCUGGAACGGUUGUCGAUAACAAGGUGUGUCACCCAAGGAACAAUGACUUUUACAUGUGUGCACAUGCGGGAAUGAUUGGGACAACUCGGCCUACUCAUUACCAUGUUCUUUAUGAUGAAAUUGGUGUCUCGCCAGAUGAUUUGCAGGAGCUUGUGCAUUCAUUAUCUUAUGUUUACCAGCGCAGUACCACUGCCAUAUCUGUUGUUGCUCCGAUUUGCUAUGCACAUCUUGCUGCCACUCAGGUGGGGACUUUCAUAAAGUUCGAGGAUCACUCUGAAACAAGCUCAAGCCAUGGAGGAACCGGAGUAACAUCAGCUGGGGCGGUGCCUGUCACUCCACUUCCAAAGCUUCAGGAGAACGUGUGCAACUCCAUGUUUUUCUGUUGAGGUGUUUUCAAUGACUUUCAAGUGUUUGUUUGGACAGCUUAAUAACCUAGUAUUUUGACGUUUAAACCUAAUGCUGUUCCUAUGUGGCCAUCCUCUGAGGAGUUGAUAUGGCCUGGAACAUGUAGGAAGCGUUUUUGGUACUCUGGUUUGUGUAUGUUUAGGAAUUCUGGUAGAUGCAAGUUUUUAUUACUAUAUGUGAAUGUUUAGGCCUUGUUUGUG